AUGAUGAUUCUUCACUUAAUAUCUUUGUUUGUGAUUAACUUUCCCGCCGUUCUCGCAGCCUCUCCUCCUAUCACGAUCUACGCAUGGCCGCUCUCCGCGCCUUCGCCGAAGCCAUUCGCUGAGAUAGUACUCCCAUCUGCUACUGACGGUACCGCAGAAGUGCGUACCAAGAAUAUACCGAACGUAUCCGACGGUGAAAUAGUUAGACUAGGCAUACUCGAUGAUAAGAAGGCAUGGAGUGGCAUUGCGACGAGCGCAGACUCAUUCAGGCCCGGCAUAGCUCAAAGGCUGUCGUUGCACACGAAUACAGAAGGCCAAGUCGUUCACAUUGGCUUUAGCUCAUUUAAAGCUGUUCCACAAAACAAAGGAAUUCAAGGCGACGAUAUUUUCGUAGAGAUAGUGCCUAUUCAGAUGGGUGUGCAACCUGUGCUGAAUAAGCCAGUCAUUUUGAACGCCGAAGGAAAAGUGGAUAAACCUGGUCAAGAGGAUAACAGGACCUUCUUGCAGAAGUACUGGUGGGCUAUCCUGCUAUUCCUCGUCCUUCAGCUCGCCGCCGGCGGAGGAAAAGAGUAG